AUGCCACCCAAAAGAAGUAAUAGAGCCAGGACUCCUGUGGCACCUAAGAAUACUGCAACUUUACAGCAACCCAAUUCUGCUCCUGCAACACGAAGGACACGUGCAACAAAUAAGAAAGAAGAUGAAGCAGAGGCACCACCUGUUAAAAAACUCUUCUUGAAUACAGAGGAUGCUGAAGAUUCUGAAAAUGUUGCAGUAUUGAAAGGCAGAAAAAACACACCAGCAAAGAAAGUUCAAACUCCCAAUCCUAAGGCAAAAACACCCAAAAUACAGACACCAAAGCCAACUUCAAAAACACCUGCAGAAGUGCAAACACCAAACCCAACAACAAAAGCUCCCAAGGUACAAACUCCAGCUCAAAAGACAAAAACACCUACUAAAGUGCAAACUCCAAACCCAACAACAAAAACUCCCAGGGUGCAAACUCCAGCUGUGACGACAAAAACGCCUGCCAAAGUGCAAACUCCAAACCCAACGACAAAAACUCCUAAGGUACAAACUCCAGCUCAGAAGACAAAAACACCUGCUAAAGUGCAAACUCCAAACCUAACAACAAAAACUCCCACGGUGCAAACUCCAGCUCAGAAGACAAAAACGCCUGCUAAAGUGCAAACUCCAAACCCAACGACAAAAACUCCUAAGGUACAAACUCCAGCUCAGAAGACAAAAACACCUGCUAAAGUGCAAACUCCAAACCUAACGACAAAAACUCCUAAGGUACAAACUCCAGCUCAGAAGACAAAAACUCCUGCUAAAGUGCAAACCCCAGUUAAUUAUAAUGGUUUAACAAAAGCAAAACCACUGACUCCAAAACAGAAAUUGGAAAUGGAAGAGGCUAAUUUUGAUGAAAGUGAUGCUGAUAGUGACUUGGAAAGUGCAAGCAAAGCAAUACUAGAUCAAGAUGACAGUGAAGAGGAUGAUGACGAUAUUGGUAUGUACAACAGCUAUUAG